AUGAAGCAGUCUGUUGCCAAUCCGGCGAAGGCGUCAGUGAGCCAUCUGCUCUCGCGGGCGUUAUCCCUGCCGUGCUCGACGGCGGCGCAAGCCUUCACGCAGCUCGUCCAGCCGACAUCGCGCUUUCAGGUUGCGCUCGAUGUGCUGCUUCCGUUAUUGGAUUCCAUCGUAGAACCCGCGCAGCGGAUCCUUGUCGCGUAUCUACUAUACUCACUAUAUGCUCCACAUCCGAUGUCCAUUAAUCCGUUUCAGUCCGUGUUGUUCUCCACGUUCGUCAAGGAGCGCGACCUGGCGAUCCAGAUGGCGAACGACGGUGGCGUCAGCCAGGGCGAGCAACUUGUUUGGGUCUUGUACAAAAUAUUGAAGGGAGAUGGGAGUGAUCUUGGUCCGUUCUCACCGGCGACCCUGGCGCGUUCGCCCCUGCCACCGAAGCUGAGGGCAGCAUACCUAUUCCUGGAAGAGGAGAGACCGAGAGCGGGAGAUUACAAGUUCGAUCCAUUCGGAACCGGUGAUGCCGAUACUCACUCAGAGGACCGGAUGACCCAGGAGCGAGAUCAAGAGGCACAAAGACUAUCCGACGGGAUGGCGCUCCUGCUCGCCGCGCGUGAACGGGUCCUGACGCUGUCCGAACAACGCGUCUUGCUUCCUACUCUGCCACAACUGACGAAUCCCCCGGUCAUAACAUCGGUCGACCUGCCCUCCCUGAUCAUGAACAACCCGACGCUCGCCCAGCCGCUCCUCGCCGCUCUGCUCUCGUCGGCACCCAGCACCGGCCAGCAUUCCAGCCUCUACCUGGAGGUGUUGAAACAUCUGCCCCCGACGCUCGCCUCCUUCGAUCUCAUCGGCCGCCUCCUGCGCGACACGACGCUCGUGCCGGACGUCACCACCGGCGGCAAGACGACGAUUGCGGACCUCGUGCGCAUCGAGGUGCUCGGCUGGUUCAUCCACGACUGCAUCGCAUGGCUCGAGGAUGCGGAACGGCAGGAGCGCAAGGGGAACAUCAGCGACGAUCGCUUCUCGAAGGGCGUCCAAAACCUCUGCCGCUUCUACAAUGCGCUUAUCAGGAACGGGCUCGUGGACCCCGCGUCCGACGCCGACUCGGCUGAGAUGGCGCACUUUACGCUGCGCAACGCGCGGUUCGAGGAGGCAAACGCGCUAUACCGCGUCCUCGCCAUGGGUAAAUUCUGA